GUUUCUUCUUCCUCCAUUUCUUUAUGGAUCAUAACUUUGAAGUAGUCGUCUUUGUUGGUUGAUGAUGAGUAUGAUAAUGAAAUCUUGACGAUGACAAAUUUGUUUUGAAGCUGAACAAAAAAGUAUCUGAUCUUUGUUAGACUUUUCAAUUCUUCGCUAUCCGCGAUUUAUCUAAUUCUUUGAUUUUGACCAAUACAUAGGAGAAGUGCAAAGUAAUUUGUAUAUAUCUUAAGAGUUUAGAAGGUAUUUAACUUUAAAUCACAACAUUAGACAAAAGCUAAAAUCCAAUAACAAAUACUGAUUGUUCUCAAGGAAUAAGAAAAAUGGAGGUGGACAACACAAAUGAAGCAAAGUAUGACAGAAAAGCUGAACUACAAGCCUUUGAUGAGACAAAAGCCGGUGUUAAGGGACUAGUGGAUGCAGGUAUCACCAAAGUACCAAGAAUUUUUGUCCAACCAUCGAAGAUUGAAGAUUCAACGAUUCACAGCGACAAGAAAUUCAGUUUUCCAGUAGUCGAUCUUGAUGGAAUCAAGGAAGAUCCAAUCAAGCGAAAGAAGAUAGUCCAGGAAGUCGGUCAUGCAUCCGAGACUUGGGGGUUCUUUCAAGUGAUCAAUCAUGGGAUUCCUACUCAUGUUCUGGAGGAAAUGAAAGACGGAGUUAUCAGGUUCUUUGAGGAAGAUACCGAGCUGAAGAAGCAGUGGUAUUCGCGAGACGUCAGCAAAGAGUUUAAAUAUAACAGCAAUUUUGAUCUGUUCGGAGCACCAGUAACCAACUGGAGAGACACUUUUAGUGCCACCAUUGCUCCUAUACCUCCAAAACCUGAAGAAUUACCUUCUGUCUGCCGGGACAUUCUCCUUGAGUACACAAACCGAGUAAUGGAAUUAGGUGCCACUCUAUUCGAACUACUGUCCGAGGCUAUUGGCCUCGAACCAAACCACCUCAAGGAUCUGGGUUGUACCGAGGGGCUUCUUGCUUUAGGUCAUUAUUAUCCAGCAUGCCCACAACCCGAAAUUACUCCAGGCACCAGUAAGCAUGCUGACAAUGACUUUCUCACUGUGCUUCUCCAAGACGAUAUAGGAGGUCUCCAAGUCCGACAUCAGAACCACUGGGUAGAUGUGCCUCCUGUUCCCGGAGCUCUCGUGGUCAACAUAGGAGAUAUGCUGCAGCUUAUAUCGAAUGACAAGUUCAAUAGCGUUGAACAUAGAGUACUAGCAAAUAAGGUUGGUCCAAGAGUUUCAAUGGCAUGCUUCUUCACGACAAGUUUUCUGCCAACACAAAGGAUGUAUGGACCUAUCAGUGAGCUGAUAUCGGAACACAAUCCUCCAAAGUAUAGGGAAACAACAAUUAAGGAGUACUCGACUUAUUUCAAUAACAAAGGGCUGGAUGGAACUUCUGCACUACUGCAUUUUAGGCUUUAGACUAAAUCGUUGAGUAGUUCUGGAGAUGAUACAUAUUGUAUCAAAAAGGUUUGUACAACUAUAUAUGUGAAACUAUGUGUAAUCUAAGUAUUCUCAUUAUGUAACCAUCAAUAAAUUCUACUUAGAGUACUGAUUUUCAUGAUUAUUCUUAGAA